AUGCACUUUUAUUGCAGACUAAAUUUUAACUAAACGGAGUUUUGUGAUUUGCCACAAGUUCAUAACUUCAUAUAAUUUAUUUCUAUUCUCAAAAUCUCAAGAAGUAAUAAUCUUAAUUUGACGGAAAAUUGCCUUUGCUUUCGGUUUGAUUAAACAAUGGCAGAUACUGAAAAUUAUGAUGCGGGUUCCGAAAAUUCAUCACAAGCAUCUGAGCAAGAAAAAGCCUUGGCGUUAGGUGCCCAAGCCGAAUUCGAAAAGAAAAACUAUGCAGCCGCCAUCCAGCUUCUUUCAAAGUUGGAAUCCUCUCGUCCACAGGAUCCAAAAGUUAUUCACAACAAAGCCAUAGUGAACUGUUUUAAAGCUGGCUUGACAAACAUUUCCCAGCUCCGUAAAGCUCUCACCUCAAUUGCCAAACAAUUGCAGUGCAAUCUUGAGGACCCGAAAACCCUGGUGGAUGUUGAUCAAUGUUAUGUGUUUUACAAUGAAGCUGUCACACUAUAUUUUCUAAGACAAUAUCCAAAAACAUUGCAAAUAUUAACUAAAAUAUUCUCCCUCGUUGAGCAAUUGGAUGAGAGCCUAGCCCGCCAAGUUUGUUUUUUGCUAGCUGAAGUCUAUCUGCGUUUGAAUUUCCCCAUCAAAACUUUGAAGAUGGUUCACUUCAUGGAAACAAGUUUGUUGAGUCAUGGGGCAAAACUCAAGUCUACUCUACCUCUAGAGAGGGAACGUGACAAGGAAAAGGACUGUGAAGGGAAGGAAGACCUCAAGAGUAGUUUCGGUGAUGAGUUACUUAUCCCACCUGGGGUAAGGAUACGUCUGCAGCGUUUGAAAAUUCGAGCAAAUCUUUCAAUUUCCAAAAGGGAAGAAGCUGAAAGAGAGUUGGCUCUCUUAUCCGAAAUUGAUCCCGAGAACGCCGCCACUCUGUUUCUAAAAAGUAAAACUCUUUUCGUUAAAGCCAACUAUGCCGAAUCGUUGAAGCAGUUCAAACUACCCGAAGAUGACGGCCUUUUUAAGGAGCGAGGUGAAUCUGAUGUUGUUAUGUAUCACAACAACACUGGUUGCGUAUAUCACGCCAUGGGCAAAUACCACCUGGCAUGUCUUCACUUUCAGAAAUCUCUCAACAAAAGUAGCGAACUACUUGCCGAGUUUCCCAAACCUGUGUCAGGGGAUCCAAUCUCUAAUCGGCCUUUGGUGACUAUCGGCAGUAACUAUAAAUACGAGCUUCUUUACAAUAUGGGUGUCAGUUUAUUAUACGCUCGUAAACCGGCCGAUGCCUUCGAUUGCCUCAUUGAAACUGUGCAACUCCACCACAGGGAUCCGUUGAUCUGGUUGCGAUUAGCGGAAUGCUGUAUUCAAGUGCACAAACCUGAAAAUAGAAAAGAUUUUCGGUUGACCGAGAGACAGCGGGAAAUUGUUAAGGCAACAGCUGGAUUCGGUUCUCACAGAAAAGUGAUCCUGUCUUCCAGAAUAUCCAAUGACAACUGUAAAAGUUCGGAGAACGCUGCCAUUCCGGUGCCAACAUUAGAAUUUGGCACCUUAGCUCUGCGAAAUGCAGAACUAUUGCUCAACAAAUUAACAAUACCAAAUAGCACUGAAGAUGUUGGUAAUAAAGAUGAAUCCGAUUCGAAAGGGAAACCGGAUUUAAAUGUGACACUCAGUGAAGUGUCAACCUUGUCAAAAUUACGCAAGCCGGAAUUCUACCGGAAUUUGAAGAAUACCAUCAUCGCCGACAGUUCGUAUGCAGCUCUCUGUUUGGGUGAUUACCUAACUUCUCUCUACAAAGCAGAAGAAUUAUUAACACAGCCACAUUUAUCAGGCAAUCACAAGUUGCUGGGUCACUUGUAUGCGGCUGAAUCGCUAGUACUUUUGAAUCGAAUCAAUGAAGCAGUUCCACAUCUUCAUCCAGAAAAUGUGACAAAACUUUCAAAUUUCUCUCCCUCUGAGAGUGAAAUAACCCAACACUUGCCUCAUACCUCAGAUUGGUUUCCGCUGUCUACACAAACCGCCAAGGUGGUGCUCCAGUACAAUCUGAGCACCGUGUACGCCAUGAGAGGCGAGUACGACAAGGCAGGAGAAUUAGUCCGCCAGUUGUGGAAUGCCAGCAAGAGUCACGGUAUCGACGUCCCAAUCCAAGUGGUUACGCUGGCCUUGUACGUCGAACUACAAUUAGGGCGGACAGAAAUUGCUCGUAACAUCAUCAAGCAGCAUUGCCCGCAGUAUCGAUGAGUCACAAAUUUAGGUCUGACACGCUGUCAGUUGGGAAAGACAUAAGUCUGCUUGUUCGUGAAGGUUAAUAAGUCUGGUCACUAAUUCACAGUGAAAUCAGUGAUGAUAUACUCUUCCCUUGAUGUCUUCUGUCUUUGCUACGCCACUUGAAAAAGACUUCUUUAUAAACAUUCUGAAUAACAGAUUUUUUAAAAAAUCUUGUCCGUCCCAUGUGGGACACUCUUUACAUGGCAAAUGUUAAUAAUAAUAAUA